GGGGCGCGGGGCCCGGGCGGCGGCGGCGCAGGCGGCGGGCCGGGCCCGGGAGGCGGCGGGCCGGAGCGGGCCGGGCCGGGCAGGGCGGAACGGAGCGGGUCGGGCCGCAGCGGGCCGGAGCGGUGGCUGGGCGGCGCGGCGAGCCCCGGUCCCCGGCGGGCAGUACCAUGGCGGAGACGAUCAUAAUCCGAGUGCAGUCGCCAGAAGGGGUGAAGCGCAUCACAGCCACAAAGCGAGAAACGGUGGCGACGUUCCUCAAGAAGGUUGCAAAAGAAUUUGGUUUCAGGAAUAAUGGGUUUUCUGUCUACACCAAUAGAAACAGGACAGGAGAGAUCACAGCGUCACAAAACAAAUCCCUCAACUUACUGAAAAUCAAGCAUGGCGAUAUGCUGUUUCUCUACCCUUCAAGCCCGGCUGGCUCCUCCUCAGAGACCAUGGACACCUCUGUCUCCCAAGGCUUGCGACCUGUGGGGGCCCCCCAGGUGGUGGAAGAUGAGAUCGACCAGUAUCUGAUCAAACAGGAUGGGAAAAUUUACCGAAAUCGAGACCAGCAACUGUGUCGCCAUGGCCCCUUGGGUAAAUGUGUGCAUUGUGUACCGCUGGAGCCUUUUGAUGAGGAUUAUUUAAACCAUCUGGAACCUCCUGUGAAGCAUAUGUCGUUCCAUGCCUACAUCAGGAAGCUGACCGGAGGGGCAGACAAAGGGAAAUUUGUUGCCCUGGAAAACAUCAGCUGUAAGAUCAAAUCGGGCUGUGAAGGGCACCCUCCUUGGCCGGAAGGCAUUUGCACAAAGUGUCAGCCAAGUGCCAUCACUCUCAAUAGACAGAAAUACAGGCAUGUUGACAACAUCAUGUUUGAGAACCACACAAUUGCAGAUCGCUUCCUAGACUUCUGGCGGAAGACGGGAAACCAGCAUCUUGGGUACCUAUAUGGCCGGUACACAGAGCACAAAGACAUCCCUCUGGGGAUCCGGGCAGAGGUUGCUGCCAUCUAUGAACCCCCACAGAUUGGUACACAGAACAGCCUGGAGAUCCUGGAAGACCCAAAAGCUGAGGUUGUGGAUGAGAUCGCUGCAAAGCUGGGGCUGAGAAAGGUUGGCUGGAUAUUUACUGAUCUGGUCUCUGAAGACACACGGAAAGGGACUGUUCGAUACAGCAGGAACAAGGACACUUAUUAUCUAAGUGCAGAAGAGUGCAUCACAGCUGGAAACUUUCAGAACCAACAGCCCAACAUCUGUCGCCUUUCUCCAGAUGGUCAUUUUGGAUCCAAGUUUGUCACAGUUGUGGCUACAGGUGGUCCCGACAACCAGGUCCACUUUGAGGGGUACCAGGUCUCGAAUCAGUGCAUGGCACUGGUUCGAGAUGAGUGUUUGCUGCCCUGCCGAGACGCACCGGAGCUGGGCUAUGCCAAGGAGUCCAGCAGUGAGCAGUAUGUGCCUGAUGUGUUCUAUAAGGACAUAGACAAGUUUGGCAAUGAGAUCACACAGCUGGCUCGCCCACUGCCUGUUGAGUACCUAAUCAUAGACAUUACUACAACUUUCCCCAAGGAUCCAGUCUACACUUUUUCUAUUUCUCAAAAUCCAUUCCCCAUCGAGAACCGCGAUGUGCUGGGAGAAACUCAGGACUUCCACAGCUUGGCCACGUACCUGUCGCAAAAUACUUCCUCCAUUUUCCUAGACAUCAUUUCUGAUUUCCAUCUGCUUCUCUUCCUGGUCACAAACGAGGUCAUGCCUCUGCGGGACAGCAUCAGCUUGUUGCUGGAAGCUGUGAGGACCAAGAAUGAGGAGCUUGCACAGACCUGGAAGAAAUCAGAGCAGUGGGCCACCAUCGAGCAGCUCUGCAGCACAGUCGGUGUCCAGAUCUCAGGACUACAGGAGUACGGUGCCAUGGGUGGCUCAACACAUGCCGUGUCGGCAGCCAUGUGGGCCUGCCAGCACUGCACCUUCAUGAACCAGCCGGGCACUGACCACUGCGAGAUGUGCAGCCUGCCCCGGACCUAGCCACACCAGCACGGUGGCAGACUCCAAUACAGAGCAAACCCUCGA